UUUAAUUCAUUUUGCUGCACUCGCAAUUUCACAACUCGCUUAAAUCGCAUUUUUAAGGCAUAAAAAACCAAAGGAACCUGGCAAAAAUACAGUAAAACUGUAGAUCAAGCCUCAAUCUACUUGAAAAUCUCAUCAAGAAAAGUUGAAAAACUCGUAAAAUUAGAGAAAAUCUCUCACUCACACACACAAACAAAGAAAAAAUGGAAAAGAUAAUCGCUAAUACAGCGACCAAAAUAUCGCUAAAUGAUCGUUUCACGAUCUUCUCGAAGGCUAAGCCCGAAGCAGCAGGAGCUGCAAGAAAGGCAAGACUUGCUCCGCGUCGCACGGGCGCCAAUACCGGAGCAGGCACCCUGAAAAAUCGCCGUUUUGUCGAAAAUCUGGAGAAAAAAUUGAAAUUUCGUGCUGCCCUGCGGCUCAAAAACAAAUCCAUCCGUGGAGGCCGCAUUCAGCGCAAGGCGAACACAUUGAAGCGCAACAUGCCGGGCGGCGGCAUUCGAAAGCGCUUAACGAUGGCAGCGGAUCAAUUGCAGGCAGCGGGAGGGCGUCGUCGUCGUUCCGCCUCUGUUUCGAGCGUUCAUUCCCGUUUGGGGGUGCAAGCGCGUGUUGGAAAUGCCGCCGCCACUGCGCCUCGUCGUCGUCUCAAACGCUCAAAUUCUGUCGCUCAAAAACUCAAACGAACCGCAAGCAAUGGAAAUCUCGCGCAACGAGGAAGAUCUCGUUCUCGCUCCCGAGCGAAUAAUAACAACAAUAACUUGCAACGCGUCAAUUCGAAUGCAAAUUUGAAUGCUCCGAACAACAGACAACGCAAUCGAUCGCGAUCUCGUAGUCGCGUAAAUGCCCCCAAUGGAGCGCAAAUGACGCGACGACGACGCCUCAACCGCAAUUUCCAAAAUGCCGGCUUGCGACGCGCCAAUUCCAAGGGAAAUUUGCAACAAGGCGCCUCCGGCAAAGGCAGACUCGGCAUAAAUCGCAACAAUAAUGCCAUCAAUGCGCGCCGCAAUCGACGCCGUGCAAAUGCUGGACAAGCCGUUGGCACGCAAAAGAAUAACAGGGGCAACGUACAAAAUCGACGUGGUCGCUCGAAUGUUCGCAACCAACAACAACGGAAUACCGCGGCGAAUCCGAACAAUGGAAGAGGACGAAGUCGCAAUCGGGGACCUGCAAACCAACAACAACAAAGACGUGGAAGAUCACGUACACGUCGCAAUGACAAACCCGCGCCACAAUCGAAGGAACAGCUAGACCGAGAAUUGGAUUUGUACAUGGCAAAAUCGAAAAAUUCCGCGCAAUCUGAACUCGAUAUUUACAUGAGCGGAUCAGCAUAUUAAAAAAAUUCCACAAAUACAAAAAAAAAAAUGGAAGGACUCACGACUAGAUUUAAGAUACAAGGCAAUAUGAUGAAUCAUUUGACAUUUAACAUGAAGCCAUUCAUUUCAUUAUUAUUAUUACGAUUAUAAAUAAAUUCUGACACAUAACACUGUACAUUAUUGAUAAUAAAUUUCAUAUAAUUAAUUAUAAAGAAAAGGACUUUUUUUUAAAUUUAUUUUUGUUUCGGCAGUGAUGCAUGCUCACAUUUUUUGAUAAAUUUAUAGGAUUAUGCCCGCAAAUGCGCAACAUUCGCUUUCGCUUUAAUUGAUUUAAUUUUUUAUU